UAUUACUGAAUGAUCAGCUUUGUAACUUUUGUAUUUCUUUUGGAAAAAAUUCACUUCAGUCCUUCCUUCUUCUGUAAAUACAUACCUCUACUUUUAAUCAUUCAAUAAAAUAGCCAAAUAUGACCCGUUACACCAAAAUGGGAAGAAAAACGUUUGUAAAAUCUUCUGCUGAUGAAGGAGGGUUCAACGUUACCCCACUUUUACCCACCAAAAAGAAUGGCAAUAAGAACAACAACAACAACAACAACAACAACAACAACAACAACAACAACAACAGAAAUUUCAACAAGAACGGCAAGCGCACCAGAAGUGGCCAGGCUGAUAAUGAUAGCUUUAACAGAAACUCAAAAAGGGCCAAAGAAGUAUGUUUUGCUUGUAGAAAACCUGGCCAUUCAGUUAACCGCUGUCCACAAAAUAAAGAACAUGCCAACAUUUGCUAUAACUGUGGCACUACCGAACAUAGACUGAAAGAUUGUAAAAAACCUAGAAAAGGAAGUGAGUAAUAGCUUACCGUAUGCGAAAUGUUUUGUUUGUAAUGAGGAAGGACAUUUAGCGGGUCAAUGUCCAAAAAAUGAAAAAGGUUUAUACCCCAAU